AUGAGAUCUGUACGGUGCAUAUGGUACUAUCCAUGUAAUUCACGUUCCCUAACUGCUUUGAGAAGGGUCCCAAGUAACCGUAUUACAAGACCAUAUCUGAAGUCUUCGAAACUGCACCGCUCCGAAAAUGAAGCCUCUACCAAACCCCCCACGGAGGCUAAUACCAAUGGCUUGACCUCAAGUCACCAAGUAGAUAGUGAAGCAUUACAAGUCUCAGAGAAGGCUAAAACAAAAAGUAAGGGGCGCAAAAUCAUCUCAAUGCUCAAAGAUGCCAAAGCAGCCCCAUCAUUCAAGGAGCCACAAGACACUAAGAAACCAAAUGGUCUGAAAAUUGCAAUUGCCGACAAAUCAUACAAUGCAGAUGCUCAGAACCUCGAAAAGGCAUUUGAGAAGAUGGAAAGCCUUGAAAAACGAAGCCCGAAAGGGAGGUUGUCAAAAAGGCGAUCAAAGUUGGGCAAGUCGUCUACAGAAGUGGAUUGUGAGCCAGGGACUGUACGAUUCACGUCAGAGGAUACUAUUGAGAAGACAUUGGAUCAGUGUAUAGCACCCAAAAAGUCCGAUAUCCCCCAACUAGCUCACAAUCUAGAUCGAGUCUUGUUUUCACCUGGUGUGCAUUUUUUGCAAGAUCCUAGAACUCGGGUGUACAACUUUGCUCCAUUUUUGAAGAAUGUGAUACAUUACAAGGACUUUAACUUUGAUGCCGCGGGUAGUUAUACACCCGUCGACAAGCACAAGACCUUGUUUGAGAAUGCAAAGAAGUUCAAAAAGCAGUUUUACUCGAGUACUUCAUCCAUGACUUCGGUCUUGAGUAAAUUUUAUAUGUUGUUGAAUAAUUACACACCUUCAAGAGUUGCAAGGUUUGGAGAGAUACCUUUAAGUGGUGUAGCUACAAAACUACCUAGUAGCACUUUCCUUGAACCAAAGGGAACAUUCAUGGAUGAUGAAAAGACGAGAACGAUAUACUCACUACUGGCAGACAAAUCUUGUGAUUCCGAAAUAUUGCUUAGUGCAAUGGGUAUUUGUAUGGAGACGUUAUUGACCAAUCCGGAAGAUGACUUUGUCAAGUUUAGAAAAGACAAUCUCGACGAAGCACCCCCAUCUCCGAUGAAUGCUUACAAUUAUUCGUCGUAUGGAGAGUUUUUGAUGCGGUCACAAUUGGACUGUUUUGAUGAGAGAUUACCGGGCAAUGGUACUUUUGAUUUGAAAACUAGAGCCUCAAGCAAUAUAAGAUAUAAUUCAAGAGAUCCCAAUGUGGGGGAAACCGAUUACCAGAUUUACAAAUUAACAGGUCAGUACGAAAGUUAUGAAAAGGAGUUUCGUGACCUAAUCAAAUCUGGAGCUCUACUCAAAUACUUGUUCCAAGCUAGAAUUGGACAAAUGGAUGGGAUCUUUAUUGCUUAUCAUAACAUUAAUUCGAUAUUUGGGUUUCAGUAUUUACCGUUGGAGGAAUUGGACAAGAUAUUCUACUCGCAUGCACAAUUCAGCACAUUGGCGUUAGAUUCCAAAGACACGACAUUGGAUGCACAUUAUGAAUUGGAUAAAUUACCAUCUUUUAUUGGUGAAACACAAUUUAAAUUCUCCUUGGAGAUAUGGGAAACUUUAUUGAGGGAUCACAUUAUAAAGGACUUUGAAGCUAGUGGAUUGGAAGGUACUGCAUUUCGGUUAGUCAUUGAAACUUAUAAACAACGUUACGCACGGACGCAGCAGUUGAGGGUGUAUGCAAUUCCAGUAUUGCAAAGUGAGAUUGAACAGUUGCAGCUGUUUGGGAAUCGAUUCCCAACGGAUUUCAAACAAGAUAUUACAGAGAAACAGAGAAUAGUCAAUACCAAACAACACGUUACCGAGUUGCAAAAAUUCAAUAGCAAUUCCAUCAAAGACAAAACGCUAUUGUCGUAUAUUAUUUCAAUGGGGGAUAGUUUUAUCGAUGAAACAAAGACCAAGUACUAUUUCCUACCUACACGUUUGCCAAAAUCAUGGCGUGUUCUGUACUCUAUUAACAGAGUGAAAACCGUUUCAAAAGAAGAUUUUGUUAAAGUGUUUGACUUGCCAAUUCAACAAUUAAGUGAACAGUUUGAACUGACUAAUAAAUCAAAAUCGAAAUUCAUCAAAAAGCUACAACUGAUGCACCAAAGCUAUGAAAAAUUAGGUGCAAUGAGAAAAAAGCAAUGGGCAUUGAAGGAAAAACCUGCAAAUGUAUAUAGGCCAAAGUAUCAUUUUUGA